CCCUGCCCGCACAUCUAGUGACUUUCGCGGCGGCACACCUGUUUACGAAGUACAAAAUGGCGUAUCAAAGUACCGUUCUGUAAUCGCGAUGUUUUAAAGUGAAAAACCGUGCUAAUUAAGUGAAAAACCUUUCGAAACGGUUCGGGAAAUGUUUAUUGCCGCACAUGGUACGCAUUUUCAGUGACGAACGGCCGGAAAAGCGGCGAAAAUGCGCGAAAAUUGGUGAAGUAAAACUUAUAAGAACGUCUUUGUUCACAUCGCAGUGGCCUAUGUAGUUACUCGACAGGGCGACUUGGUUUUUUCGACUUUAUUUCGCAUUCCGGCCUCCUCGGAUUUAUGUUUUACAUGGAAAUUAACCCUUGAGAUGGCAUGCCGAAACGGUCGAGCACCGAAAUCGAAAAUGGAGUUGAAAAUCAGUGCUUUGCAAAGACUAUUGUUAGUGAUAUUAGUGAGUUUGGCGGGUAGUGAUGCCUUUGCGAAUGAGUUUGAUAAAACUGAGGAGUUCUUGGACGGUAUCGGGUUGGAGAAAAGUAUCGCGGCGGUGUUUAAUAAGGUUGCCUAUGGUAGUACGACCAAAAGAAGUAUACCCGAUACAGCCUACCCUGUAACGACGUUGGCAACGCCAUUAUUGACCACGUAUAGGUACUCAGACGGUAACGACGAGUGGUUAAGGGUUGACCUAAAAAACGAGAACAAUAGGGAGCAAGCGAGAGCUAAUGUGGACUUUGAGCAACCUGAUUUUAUAGAGGGGGAGAAUAGAGAUGGGUACGGGGUUGAUUUAGAGAAGGAUCAUGUACUGCCUACGUCGGCUCCUGCAGCCGAUAUUCUGAAGAACAACAACAACAAAAACUACAACAACCCGAAUAGGUACAACAACGACAGGUUGAAGCCAGAUUUCACCAACCAAGAAUCGUCCACAGAGAAUAUAUACAAAACAACGACGACGUACAACUUACUGCGGAAUGUAAGACCAACAAAGUCGAUGUAUAGUAAAGAUAUACCAUCGUAUGUUCCACCAAGUCGGGCUUUUUUCACGCCUCCGCUUCCUCCAGAGUAUCAAAAUCCAUUCGCUGAUAAACCAACGCUACGGGGGACAAACAGCGAUAGUUUUGCCAACCGUAGGCCGAUACCGCCGCCGUCUUUGAUGCCGAACAAAGAUAGAAUACCGUUCAGACCCGAUCUACCCAAGGUGAACAUGGAAAAGCUACCCGACGUGCGCAACAGCAACACACCCACGUAUCAGGACAAAAACGACAAGAAAAAGUCGUUGAACACGCCGUCGCAGAACGCCAAGCUAGGGGAGUUCUACGGGCUCAACAGAAGCGUCAACGAGUCAAACUUUGAGUACGAGAAGUCGUACGUACCAAGCAUAACGCGCAUACUGUCAGGUUCGAACGGUAGACACGACGAUAUCCCGGACAUUCUCUUCAGAACGGUUACGGCGACCCCCAAUUUCCACGUGCAACCGAAAGUUACGAAAACGCGCGCGCCAAGUGUGGAACCGUCGUUGAAAAUGCAGGAACCGGAAGUCAAAGAAGAAAAACCCCUCACUGAAACCGUAACGCCGAAAGAUAGCAACAAAGACGUAGUGCAAGACAGAUCUGAAAGCGUCACAGUGAAAAAAGACGUACCCAUGAUAACGGAACGUAAACACAUCGUGGAAGACGUAACAACCCAAAUGUCGGACACCAUGAACCUUGCCAACGUUAAAGAACGCGAUAGUAACAACAACAACGUCACAAAAGUAAACUCAGACGCCAUCUGGCAGAUAUGCUGGAACGUCCACGUUUACUUAGUCGUGAUAUGCUACAUACUUCUGGCGGUAUUCUCGAUAUACAAACUCAUACGUUACGAGAACGACCCGCACAUGUUCAGUAAGAGUUAUUUUUUGACGAUACACCUCAUGCUCACGGUGAUAUGCGUGUUACGCAUCUUCUACCUCAUCUACGACCCCUACAACGAAGGCAGAUCCUUCAACAUCUUCCUCUAUGAUUUUCUUCACAGCUUCCCGUUGAGUCUACUGGCGACGACGUUCGCUGUUUUGAUACUCUUUCUACUCAAACGAACCCUCACUCAUUUGGAGGUUAAAACGCGCCCGGUUUUCUUGGUGGUGUUCGCCCUCCUCCACAUAGUUCUGUGCUUCUGUCUGAGCAUAUUCGAAUCCCUCGGCCAUUUGGAGAAAGCCUCGUUGACUAUUUGCAAACCAGUGUUCGUGUUGCUGGCAUGGGCACUGGGCGUGAGCUACCUCUACUUGUACAGAAUCAUAAAGAAUGUGCUGGCGAAGAAGUCACAGAACUUGUCCGAGAUGUGUUCGCAAAAUAUAUCCUACGCCUCGCAUAUAACGAUAGCAGUGGCUUUGCUUUUUGUGCUACUGGGAUUUGUGCAGUUGUAUGCGUUGUUCUUUAUCAAGGUCGAUAGAUUUGACGGGGAAAUUAAACACCACUGGAUUCUGUGGAGUUUUGAGCUGUCGGUGAGGUUCAUAGAGAUCUCCAUCAUCACCUUGCUGGCCAUCGUGGUGUCUUUGAGGAUGUCUCAGCGCGAAAAACAAUCCGCUGGUGGGUUCCCUUUGUUUCCUUGUACCACUAGCGAUUCUAGUACGGAUAACAUAUACCCCAACAACUGCAAUACGAAUCCCAACGCGCUAAACUACAGCAGGCAGGAGAUGAUACUCGAUAACAUACCUACAGAGACUGUAGAUAGACCGAAUUUGUUGAAACACGCCUUCCAAAACGAUUCGUUCGAUAAAAAAUCCACGUUGGAGCGGUAUCAAAGCGACUCGGAACGCGGCAGCAAUUUUGAUCGGUUUGAAAGACCCAAAUGGGGUUCAGAACGCUUUGACUCCCGUCAAAACAUCGAUCAAAACAACUUUAUACAACCAACCUCGGGAAAUUUCGAACGUGGAUCUCUGAGAAACGAUUCUAGAAGCUCCACGCGCAAAAUGUACGACACCGCCAAGUUCUAUAACAAACCCAAGUACGACAUGGAGUAUAAUAACGACCAAGACGUCAUCACCAACCAAGAACGCAACAUCUACAGCGAACCAAUCGACAACCACCACCAAUACGAAAGAACGAUGCACGAUUUCGAGCGAGGGGAGUUCGAUAGGCGUUCUAGAAACUCCUCGAACACCUCAGGUCGCAGAAGUACGGGGCGUAGCCGUAAGAACCACGCUAGACCGCACUUGGGGGUUCAAACGCUGCCCAACCACGAGAGAAACCAAAACCACCAGGUUCAAAUGCCACCCGAGUCGAUGCUCGUCGACGAGCAGGGAUUCGUGAGGUUCCGGCACAUGAACGACGACGACGUCGUCAUAACCACCUCCUCGAAGAAGAGCAAGAAAAGCAACGAACAAAAUCACUACUCGGAAGCGUAACUAUUGAUUAAAAUGGGCAAAAAAAUUAUGAAGGGCACUAAAAAAAAACCGGAGGUUUUCUUGUAAGCGCGAAAAUGUUUUUCGAUGGUAUUCCUUAUGUUAAGGACGUAAUUUUACUGCAAUGAACGAGAAAAACAUUCGUUAUAAUGUUUUUGCCCAUUUAAUUACUUUGGAAUCGUAAGGUACUAACUACAAGACUUAAGACCCAACAAAUUAAAUUGCAAUAAUACAAGGGCUAUAGCAACUUAUUAUAAAAGUCAAUAUACAGGGUGUUUACCUUUGCAAAAUGGGUCUUAUCCUACUUAAAAAAUUAUUAAUGAUACUCUUAACAAUGCCAUGACUUUUUUAUGAAUCUUGUUUAGGUCGACUAGGUAUAUAUUAAAAUAAUUUAGGUAUUUGUAUAUUUGGAUAUAAAAUAUAUAAAUAAGGUGAUAAAUACUUUUCAAUGUUUUGUCUAGUACUAUACAUAGCUAGUAUUGUAAUAUAUUAUAUUGUAAAUAAUUAUUUAUAGGUAUGUAUUUUUUUACUUUUUUUUUUGUUCGUUUAUACUAUAUACAGGGUGUUGUAUAAGGCAGCUUUAGCUUAAUAAAAGAACCCUGUAUCAUAUUAUGUAAUCUUUUUGAUCGACUGAGUAAAUUAUUUAUUAUUAUAAUUAUUAAAACGAAUGAUGGGCUAAAAUUUGGGAACCGUCCAUUUUAUUUUGGCCUUCAAAAUUUUUUUUGUAAAUAUAAAUGCCAAUUUACUACUAUAAUAUACUUGCCAUUUCAUGUAUUGGGUUCUACAGGGCGUUUUUAUCCCCCUUUACAUUUAUUUUGUACAUUAUUUUACAGUAUUAUCAUAUUUAUUCCCCAUUGUGUUGUAAAAAAAAUGACACUAUUAAUAUUUGCACAAAACACUUUCUACCAUAUUAUGUUUGUUCCUAUUUCGUACUUAUAUAUAUUAUAAAAAUGCCAGUAUUUUAAACGACAGCUAAAUAGAUUUCUAGAAAAUUAACAAAUUUUGUUUCAUAAUCUAAAAUAUUAAAAAAUAAAUGUGGCUUUCUGAAAAUAUUUUAUUAUUUUCUAAUAACGUGUAUAAAAAAUCUUAAGAUUGUAUUAUAUAACUGUAUAUUACAUAA